UCCAAACGGCCGCUGUUCUCGCCGCGUCAUUUUGCCGCCAUGAGAAAGAGCAGAGGGGGAGGAGGAAAACAAGAUCAUCACUCCAUCAUAGCUGACGAAACAUGGGCUCCGAAACCUCUUGAUCAACACCACCUUCACAAUCCCAAUCACGAAGUGGGCCCACAGCCGCCGUCGACUUCCCAUCUCGAACCCACCGCCACAACAACCCACGAACCGCCCAUCUUCAAUCUCCCUCCCGCGCGGCGCCGAAAUCCCAGGUGGGCGUCGAGGAAUCGCCGCGGCCGCGGUGCCAAACGUGGGUCUGUCGAGAAAUCCGAGGUGGGUUCGUUGGAUAGUGAAGUGGGGUCGUUGACUAUUGAUGAAGCAGUGGAUGGGAAAGAGGAAAGUGGCGAUUUGGCAAUGGUGAAUGAUGAGGUUGGAGAAGUGAGAAAAGAGGAUUGCGAGUCCAGUAAUGAUAAGGAUGAUGAUGAUGAUGAUAUUAUGGGGAGAUUGGAGAAAUUAAGGUUGGGGGUUGAAGAGCCUGAGUUGUCGGAGGAGCAGUUGAGGAUUAAUUCUCAGUCUCAGAUGGAUGAGUUACUCGUCAUGGAAUCCAUCUAUGGAGAUAAUGUUUUCAUCCUUGACAGAGAAGAUGGCCUUCAAUCUUUUCAGGUUCAUAUCCACAUUGAAGCUCCUAAUGGAAUCACUGUUACGACAAAGCUAAAUUCAUCUGGAGAUGUCAAGACCAUAGACAACAACAAUAGGGAUGACUUCUCAUACUCAUUUAAAGUUCAAUAUCUCCCACCAAUUCUGCUGAUAUGUUUAUUACCUAAAUCGUACCCAAGCCACCUACCCCCUUAUUUUACGUUAUCUGUUCAGUGGUUGGAUUCUAUAAAAGUUGCCAAUCUUUGCUCCAUGCUUGGCACCAUAUGGAAGGAGCAACAUGGGCAAGAGGUUAUAUACCAGUGGGUGGAAUGGUUAAAUAGCUCUGCUCUUUCAUAUCUUGGGUUUGAUAGUGAAAUAAUUCUCGGUCCUUAUGGUAUAAGACGUGUAGAAGACAUGCGUGCAGUUUCAGGGAGUGUUUCACCAGAUACGGAUGUUCCAUUUAUUAGAAGCUUCAAUGAUGAGAGACUCCUUGAGAACUUCCGACAAAAUUUGCAGGAAUGUUGCAUUUGUUUUGAGGAUUAUCCAGGGACCGACUUUGUCAGGCUACCAUGCCACCAUUUCUUCUGCUGGAAAUGCAUGAAGGCUUACUCUGACAUGCACAUCAGUGAAGGCACAGUGAGCAAGCUACAAUGUCCUGAAGCAAAAUGUGGUGUUAUGGUCCCACCUAGUUUGUUAAAACGAUUGCUCAGUCAAGAAGAGUACGAGUGGUGGGAGUCUCUAAUGUUACAGAAAACACUCGAGUCUAUGUCUGAUGUUGCUUAUUGCCCACGAUGUGAAACACCUUGCAUAGAGGAUGAAGACCAGCAUGCUCAAUGCUCAAAGUGUUUCUUUAGCUUUUGCACGCUUUGCAGGGAGAAACGCCAUUUAGGUGUCCAAUGUAUGACCCCAGAAUUAAAGCUUCAAAUCCUAGAGGAUCGACAGAAAUCAUCUCAAUUAAGGGAUGAACAAAAGCGUAGAGAACUUGAAAUGAUUAAUGAACUUCUUAGUGUCAAAGAAAUACUUCGGGAUGCUAAGAAUUGCCCAUCUUGCAAAAUGGCUAUCUCACGAACUGAAGGCUGCAACAAGAUGGCCUGUAGCAACUGCGGUCAAUACUUCUGCUAUCGAUGUGGCAAAGCAAUUGAUGGUUAUGACCAUUUCAGGGAUGGGGCGUGCGAUUUGUACCCUCCACAAAUGAUUCAGGAGUGGGAGGAGCGCAUGAAUGCGCGCCAGGUUUUAGGUCAGGUUCAAGCUCAACUAUUUGUUGGACAGGGUCAAGGUCAACUUUGCCCUAAUUGUCGCCAAUUUAAUGCGAAGGUUGGCAAUAAUAAUCAUCUCUUCUGCUGGGCAUGCCAAGUCCACUAUUGUUACUUGUGCAAGAAGAUUGUAAGGCGCAGCUCACGACAUUAUGGACCCAAGGGUUGCAAACAACACACGGUCGGAUAGUUUUACACAAUAAGGCAUAUUCCGUUUGAAGGAGCAAAGCCAAACAUUUCAUAAUAACUACAGCCAGAGGCGUACGAUGAUGGAUUAAAGACCAAAUGCAAGUGAAGCUCGGGAAAUAAUUUCGAAUAGGUUUGAGCUUGCCCCAAUCUAGGAUCAUGGCGGUUGAGGUCAAUCUAUGGCAUCUACAUUGGUUGGUCACUCGUUCAUUGUGCAAAGCUCCAGGCAGAUAAUGGCCCCAAUGUCUCAUACCUGUUCGUAAUCUUCAGCCACUGUUUAUCCAGCAAUGUAUUCAUUCCUGGCGUGGUUAAGUUCUUUGGUUGCGUUGUCGGCAUUUUCGAAAACAUGAGCGUGAAAUUUUUGUUUGGUUCAAGUUGGAUAAUGGCUCCAUAUGGGAAGUGACAUUUGACAGGCAAUACAUGUUUAGCACCCUUCGGUUUCUGGAGCUUAGCUGAGUGGUGUUAGCUAUCAAAAAAAUAAAAAAGACGACUGAAAAAAAAUUGGAUUUGGUUUGUAUCAUUUUAGAGAAAUUA